ACCUUUCUGCAAGGUCUUCACCCAUCUCCCCUCCUCCCGUCCUGACGUCACUGCACGAAAAGAGAGGCUUGCCGCUGCACCGCUGUGAAUAUCUCUACGCUCAUUGCCAGGACCAAGGAGUGUGCAGAGAGAGGAGGAGAGAAGGAGGAGGGAAUACUGUCGAUUUUUUGGAUCCAACUGGAAAACUACCGGGCGCGCACGGCGCGGCACGCACUGAACGGAGGGCAUUUCACCGUUUUCGUCCCCCUCUCCUCCCCUCGCCGCCUCCCUGCGAUCGGAUCGGACCGGAGCUGAGAAUGGAGCUCCCUGCCGCUGGCGAGCACGUCUUCGCGGUGGAGGGCAUCGAAAAGAAGCGCAUUCGGAAGGGCAAGAUCGAGUACCUGGUCAAGUGGCGCGGCUGGUCUCCAAAGUACAACACAUGGGAGCCGGAGGAAAACAUCCUGGACCCCCGCCUCCUCGUCGCGUUUCAACACAGAGAGAGGCAGGAGCAGAUGAUGGGAUACCGAAAGCGGGGGCCGAAACCAAAACAUCUUCUGCUUCAGGUGCCAUCAUUUGCCCGGAGGUCAAACAUCCCAGCCGGACUUGAGGAAACGGUCCAGGAUGCAGAGGGAACCUUUAAGUUGGAUCCUGUCCAGCGUCCUCAGCCGCAGCAUUACCAGCUGAACAGCAAAAAGCACCAUCAGUACCAACCCAACAGCCAGGAGAUCCCUGCCGACGCUCUGAACAACAGCAAAAAGAAGUUCAUCUACCAGCUUAACAGCAAGAAGCACCACCAUUACGAGCCCGACCCAUACAUGUAUGAUGCGCAGGUUUCGAGGCUGAAGGAGGUGGUCAAAGUUCAGGAGACAGCCAACAAGCUUGCGAAUCCCGGGUGGAACCUACCUUUGGCCCUGCAGCAGAAAUGGAUCCGGAACAAAGACACCGGGUGCUUGAGCAAAGUCAAAGAGCUGGCGGUGGAGGUGAGGAAACCGGUUAAAGAUGCGCAAAGGGAGAACGCCCUAAAGCCCAACCCUAAGGAGGCUACUCUGCCCAGCUCCGUGAGCAGCAAAAUGAAGAUAAUCAAGAACAAAAACAAGAACGGACGCAUUGUUAUUGUCAUGAGCAAAUACAUGGACGGCAACAAGGUUCACGGAGCAAAGGAUAAACACAGGGAAUCGUCAAGAGAAGAGAAAACGCAAAGCUCCAAAACACAAGAGAACAACCCGCCGCCUGGGGCCAAAAUGACUGAACACCCGGAGAACGGGAUUCCCAAAGAGAUCUGUAAGGGCAGCUCCGUGUCUGUCGCAGAGCAUCCCUUGAAGUGUUCCCCCAAAGACAGGCAUUUUUCCAAACCAUCUCCGAGCACAGCCGAGGAAUACAACACCGAAGUGGCCCGCGGCCAGGCGGAUUUACCGGACGACUUGCCCCUGCAGCUGACGGCCAGCUCCCCGCCAACGUCUUGGACCGCCGACACGGCCAUCCCGACGCCUACGGCCGUCAACCAAAUCCGGAUCCCCUCGUUCCCCUGCGACCGGAAAAGGAAGCUGUCGGAUCCGGUGGAGGACAGGAACGUUGGUAAAAUCCUCCUGGCGUCCAGGAGCUUGAGCGUGCCGACGGCUGCGGUCACGCCACCUCAGGACAAACCCAUGGACCUCCACUGCAGCGUGGCGCGUCACAGCAGUACGUGCGCGACGUACGACGCGAACGGAAGCCAGGAGGAGCCGAUGGACCUCAGCUGCCCCAAAAACAGGAGGCGGGUGGAGGCAGAAGUCCAGCCGCCGGUGGAGGCGGAGCCUGCCGUUGAAGACACACCUCCUGUCAAGGAUAACACGCAGAAAUCCUGUGAAAAAUCUCCAGAGGAACCUGCGAAAAAAAUCUCCCCUUUUAUGGGGAACAUCAUCAUCACUGACAUCACGACAAACAGCCUCACGGUCACCUUUAAGGAAUACGUUUCUUUCUAAAAAAAAAUUUUUAAAAAUAAAAGUGACUCCCAGCUUCUGAUUGGCUGAUCCUGUGAAUAUGUGCAUAUGUAGAAAAAAAUUAAGAAAAACACAAGAAUUUUGUACAUAUUGAAAUUUAUAAUUUAUAAGUCAAAUACAGUAUGUUUCCUAUGACAUUUUAUACUGUAACUCCGAUGUGAUGUUGUAGCCAAGAAAGUGCCCUCGACUAUUUGAGCGAAUGCAUCACUCUGGUGGGGGAUUCUCCACCAAAAACAAA